AUUUUUUUUUUUUUGUACAUCUAUAUAUAUUUUUAUUUUUUUUUUUCCGCCGUGGCCCAGGAUGAGCCGCCCCGAGCGCCGGCCCGUGUGUGGCGACCCCCGAGCGGAGCCGCGCGGGAUGGGACCGCUGCAGCUCUGAGCCGUCCCGCCCCGCCGCCGCUAUGGGAGACUCGGGCGCGGAUCCCGAUCCCCGCCGCGGGCCCGGCCCGGAUCCGGCGCCCCAAGGGAACAACGGGGGGACGUCCCUGAGCGUCAUCUCGGAGGGCGUGGGCGAGCUGGCCCUCAUCGACCCCGAGGUGGCCCAGAAGGCCUGCGAGGAGGUGCUGGAGAAGGUGAAGCUGCUGCACGGGGCCGUCCCCAACGGGGACGCCGGCGAGGGCUGCGAGAUCCGCUGCCUGGACGAGCCCCGGCUCCGCGAGGAGGACGAGGAGGGCGCGGCCAACACGGUGAAGACGGCGCGGCGGCGGCAGAAGAACAACUCGGCCAAGCAGUCGUGGCUCCUGCGGCUCUUCGAGUCGAAGCUCUUCGACAUCUCCAUGGCCAUCUCCUACCUGUACAACUCCAAGGAGCCCGGCGUGCAGGCCUACAUCGGCAACCGGCUCUUCUGCUUCCGCCACGAGGACGUGGACUUCUACCUCCCGCAGCUGCUCAACAUGUACAUCCACAUGGACGAGGACGUGGGCGACGCCAUCAAGCCCUACAUCGUCCACCGCUGCCGCCAGAGCGUCGACUUCUCGCUGCAGUGCGCGCUGCUGCUGGGGGCCCUCUCCUCCGACAUGCACAUCUCCACCCAGCGCCACUCCCGCGGCACCAAGCUGCGCCGCCUCAUCCUCUCCGACGAGCUCAAGCCCAGCUCGGCCCAGGGGCAGCAGCGGCGCCGGGAGCUGCCUCCUUCCUCCUCCUCCUCCUCCUCCUCCUCCUCGGCGGCGGUGGGGGCACCGGGGAUGGGCCAGGAUGGCACAACGGGGCUGUCGCCCUCCAAGAGGACUCACCAGAGGUCCAAGUCGGACGCCACGGCCUCCAUCAGCCUGAGCAGCAACCUGAAACGCACGGCCAGCAACCCCAAGGUGGAGAGCGACGAGGAGCCGGCCCGCCUGGCCCCGGAGAGGGAGUUCAUCCAGUCCCUGAUUUCCAUCGGGAAGCGUUUGGCCACCCUGCCCACCAAGGAGCAGAAAACCCAGCGUUUGGUGUCGGAGCUGUCGCUGCUCAACCACAAACUGCCCGCCCGGGCCUGGCUGCCCACGGCCGGCUUCGAGCACCACGUGGUCAGGGUGCCCCACUCCCAGGCCGUGGUGCUCAACUCCAAGGAUAAGGCUCCCUAUUUAAUCUACGUGGAAGUGCUUGAAUGUGACAAUUUCGACACAGCGAAUGUUCCCGCCCGGAUCCCGGAGAACCGGAUCCGGAGCACCCGCUCGGCCGAGAACCUCCCCGAGGUGGGGAUGAGCCACGAGCAGAGGACGGGCAGCUUCAGCACCGUCCCCAACUACGACAACGACGACGAGGCCUGGUCCGUGGACGACAUCGGGGAGCUCCAGGUGGAGCUUCCAGAGGUUCACACCAACAGCUGUGACAACAUCUCCCAGUUUUCCGUGGACAGCAUCACGAGCCAGGAGAGCCGGGAGCCCGUGUUCAUCGCUGCCGGGGACAUCCGGAGGCGGCUGUCGGAGCAGCUGGCGCACACCCCCACCUCCUUCCGCAGGGAUCCCGAGGAUCCGUCCGCCGUCGCCCUCAAGGAGCCCUGGCAGGAGAAAGUCAGGAGGAUCCGGGAAGGGUCUCCCUACGGACACCUCCCCUCCUGGAGGCUCCUCUCCGUCAUCGUCAAGUGCGGCGACGACCUUCGCCAGGAGCUGCUGGCAUUCCAGGUGCUCAAACAGCUCCAGUCCAUCUGGGAGCAGGAGCGGGUCCCGCUGUGGAUCAAACCCUACAAGAUCCUGGUGAUCUCGGCCGACAGCGGGAUGAUCGAGCCCGUGGUCAACGCCGUGUCCAUCCACCAGAUCAAGAAGCAGUCCCUGCUCUCCCUGCUGGACUAUUUCCUGCAGGAGCACGGGAAUUACAACACCGAGUCCUUCCUGAGCGCCCAGAGGAACUUCGUGCAGAGCUGCGCCGGGUACUGCCUGGUCUGCUACCUGCUGCAGGUCAAGGACAGGCACAACGGGAACAUCCUGCUGGACGCCGAGGGCCACAUCAUCCACAUCGACUUCGGCUUCAUCCUCUCCAGCUCCCCCCGGAACCUGGGCUUCGAGACCUCGGCCUUCAAACUCACCUCCGAGUUCGUGGACGUGAUGGGGGGCCUGGACGGGGACAUGUUCAACUACUACAAGAUGCUGAUGCUGCAGGGGCUGAUUGCGGCCAGGAAACACAUGGACAGGGUGGUGCAGAUCGUGGAGAUCAUGCAGCAAGGCUCCCAGCUCCCGUGUUUCCACGGCUCCUCGACCAUCCGGAACCUGAAGGAGCGUUUCCACAUGAACAUGACGGAGGAGCAGCUGCAGCUGCUGGUGGAGCAGAUGGUGGACGGGAGCAUGAGAUCCAUCACCACCAAGCUCUACGACGGCUUCCAGUACCUCACCAACGGCAUCAUGUGACCGCAUUCCCAAAAAAACACCCCCGGAUCCCGCCUCCCCGCCCUCGGGAAAGGAGGAGCUUCCAGCGGGAGCGGCGUCUUUUCUUCUCUCCUCCCCCCUCCGGGAGACUCUUCCCAGGGGUGGGACCGACCCCGAGGACACGCAGGAAAAAAAAAAAACCCACAGGAAAACAACGAGAGGGAAAAGGAAAAAGAAAAAGAAAAA